CUGUAAUACACAAACUAAGAAUCGUCUCUGUGCUGUUACUUUGCCUGGAAUGUUCCACAUUGCGGCAUUAAUAUCCAUGUAUUAUUUAUAAAUUUGUUUUGGAUAUUCUCAAUGUCAUGUUUAUUAUAGCAUCCCUGGUCAGUGUAUUCUAAAAUGUGACCACACUGUAAGCUUAAAGCUGGGACAAGAGAUGAAUGAUGGACUGAGUUUGACACAAGUCUCCGCCCACUCAUCCUCCCACAGUCUGUGCGCUAAGACGCUCCUCUGUGGCCACUGUGCACGCAUCCUUCUUCUCAAAGCCAAGACAACUUUAACUACGAUUGUACAAACAUUUUCCGCUAUCUUCAUGGGUGUAUGUAGAAUUAGGACUUGACAUUACAUUAUUUAUGGAAUGUAAGGUUUUUUUUUUACGUAAUGACUGCUAACGGGAACCGCGCCAGGACGCAUCGACUACAGCACAAAAACUCCCAAACAUCUGACGGUGUUGGCUGUUUUCCCGUCUGAUCGCGUUAACCGAUAAUGUAAGCGUCAUUUUGUAAUCUAUAAACGGGUUUUUUUAGACCCACAUCAUGCUGUACCUAGUCCUUAAACUAUUAUCUUUGUGGCUGUGUAGCGAAGCCAUAACGGGACAAUUGAACGAGCUACAAAACAAGUAUGACUCUUUUACAGUUCAAAGCCCUGAAUGGGGCAGUGUCAGCGGAGAGGACGCGCCAGAGGAGCGUGCUCCAACUGUCCAGGCGAUAGCUUUUGAUGAGGUGAAAGUUUUGAGACAACGGAGUGUUCAAAACUCUGUGCGUAAAAGUGGAAUCUUUGGAAGAGACGCAUUACGCACAGUGAACAGCAAUGAUAGCUCUCCACAGAAUGUUGGACUUACUGGAAAAAUAGAGAAGCAUGAUAAACAAUUUCGCAACAUUAGCAAAGGGAGUUCGAGACAAAACUUGAAGCAAAAAAGACCAAGCACCAGUCGUAAGAAGCGAAAAGAGCCGGAUGGAGAGAGCGCACCUGUUGCGAUGGCGCAGGAGAUGGACUCUCCAUUUCUACUCAACACCAGCGACUAUGAGGACGGAUUCUCCCUAGACUUCCCAGACAGCACUCCCCUGGCCCCAGUUAGCCUAAAACCCAAACGAAAGCUACACAAAAACCCGUUUUACCCCGUGACCGUAGAGACAUACGGGGCUUACGCAGUGCUGAUAGUGGCCGGGCUCAUUUUAAGCGUGGGAAUCAUCGGUAACGUAUCGCUGAUGUGUAUCGUGUGUCAUAACUACUACAUGAGAAGCAUUUCCAACUCGCUCCUCGCCAACCUUGCGCUCUGGGAUUUCGUGGUGGUCUUCUUCUGCCUUCCGCUGGUGGUGUUUCACGAGCUCACCAAGGAUUGGCUGCUGGGGGAGUUCUCGUGCAGGAUCAUCCCAUAUUUGGAGGUUGCCUCUUUGGGAGUCACCACAUUCACUCUGUGCGCUCUUUGCAUCGACCGUUUCCGUGCUGCCAACAAUGUUCAGAACUACUACGAGAUGAUUGAGAACUGGGCCUCCACCACUGCCAAGCUUGCUGUCAUCUGGAUCGGGGCUCUCCUCCUCGCCCUCCCAGAAUUACUCAUCCGGCAACUGGUCAUUGAAGAGACAGAUCCCCCCGAAGUCACCACCCCAUGCGAGCGCUGCGUAAUCCGAAUCUCCACGGACCUCCCAGACACGUUGUACGUCUUGGGUCUUACCUACGAUGGUGCAAGACUUUGGUGGUAUUUCGGCUGCUAUUUCUGUUUACCGACUCUAUUUACCAUUUUUUGUUCGCUCGCUACAGCGCAUAAGAUCCGCAAGGCCGAACGCAACAACGUCAGGGGUAGCAAGAAGCAAAUCCAGCUCGAAAGCCAGAUGAAUUGCGCCGUGGUUGCUUUGGCGAUUCUAUACGGAUUUUGCAUAAUUCCUGAAAACAUUUGUAACAUCUUGAGUACGUACAUGGCUGCCGGUAUUCCUCGUAGGACAUUGGAGAUAUUGAAAUUGGUCAGCCAGUUGAUGCUUUUCUGUAAGUCCGCAGUUACACCAGUUUUGUUGUUUUGUCUUUGCCAACCGUUCACCAGGGCGAUUUUGGAUUGCUGCUGCUGCUGUUUGGAGGAUUGUGGGCCAGAAAGAUCCCCCGCAACAACAAGUGAAAAUGAUGGCACGGCGACUGAGCUUGAACUAUCCCCGUACAACACCAUUCGCAGAGAUGCCCCUUCCACAACAGCCUAUUCCACUGUUGGGACGCACUGUUGAGGGCAAAGUGUUUGCUAAGAUAUUAAGUCAUAUAGAAAGUUGACUUGAAUUGAUGAUAUGCAAGUUUCAAAGGCAACCGUCCUGCUAUUGUUUACAAGAAUUAUGAAUGAAAUCGCACAUAUUUAGGUAACAUAAUUUAUUUAGUAUUUUAUUUUUAAUUAACUCACUUAAAUGAUAUGUUUUUGUUAGGGAUGCACCGAUUCAGCUUCUUCAGUUUGGAUACUGAUGCUGAUACUUUGGCUUUAAGUUUCUAAGUAUAUCCGAUAUCAACCGAAAGUGGGGCUAAGAGCAAAUAAAGUAAAACUAUAAUUUAUACACAUGGCAUAUGGUAAGAGAAAAAUAACCAAAUGUGUUUUAUAACUGUUAUUUAUCAUUUUAAGUAACUACAGAAUCAGUUUGAGACACACUACUAGGUGUUUGGGCUAACAUUGUCCAGUAAAUCGUCUUACACAAAUUUAUAAACCAAAAUAAGAUAUCCACUGAACCAAUAUCCAAUAGAUCAAAUUUUUCAAUAUCGGCACCAGUAUCAUAUCGGUGCAUCCCCAGUUUUUGUCCAUCCAAGGCAAUCAACAAAUUGUCACAAAAAUUUGGAAAAGUCCUUAUGCACUUAUUGUUUGCAUCUUGUAGAGACUUUUAGAGUGUAGCCACAACACUUUUUGUCCUAAACCAUUAUCACAUUUUGAAACUUCCUGUAAUAUAGAAAGCACUUACUCAGUUUAAUUAGGUGUGAAAGCAGACUGGCACAAAGCUCCUGGCUGCUCUAGGUCUCUAUUGUAUUUUUGAGAGGAUGUAUCAAAUGUAUAGUAAUAUAUUGAGAAUGUUGACGCUGCAGAUUUAGCUGUUGAUGUGAAUUGUGAAUCAUAUUUUGUCUGUUAUUUAUAGUUUUUUAGUCACAUUAAAGCAAAAUGAAAUGUCAUGAAUGGACAAUAGUCAUAGAAGA